CAGGGGCGGACUGACAACUCAUGGGGCCCCCGGGCAAUAGGGGAUCAUGGGGCCCCUGUGUCCUCGCCCAAACUCAAAAAAAGCCUAUGAAAAAGGUACCAGGGGCAUCUCAUGGGGCCCCGUACUGACCCUGGGCCCUCGGGCAGUGCCCGAGUUUCCAAAUGGUCAGUCCGCCCUGCAUCACUUCCAAAUUUUUAUUCUGUCAAACAAGAAUUUUUGUAACUUUAAUAACCACUUCACUUUCAAUAUGAGACUAGCUAUACUGAAACUGCAAUGCCAGACAGCACUCAACUAAUUUAUAUACAUUUCUUAAAAAGCU